UCUACUCCGUCUCCACCUCCGUCUCCAUCCCCAUCUCCACCUCACCAGCAGGCUCCCAAUCCGGCUGGGGCUUAUCUCAACAUUGUGAUUCGGUUUCGCCAGUUGAGCCCGCCGACUUUUACCAGGGUCGAAGGGCCCGAAGCAGUGGCAGAGUGGAUAUGUCAGUUAGAGCAGAAUUUCAAUUUGCUGCUGUGCACCGACGCCCAGAAGGAUGGAGCGCGCUUUCUAAGAUCUCAAGCAGAGAGCAGGAUCAGUCGAGGAGUACGAGCGAGAGUUCACCGCAUGAGCGCCUUUGCUCCACAUAUGGUGGACACCGACCUGAAGAAGGCCCACAAGUUUUGGGAUGGACUGAACCGAACUCUCCGUAUGCAUGUUGCCAGCAAGAGAAAUCUUUCUUUUGGUGAGACCGUUAUCCGAGCCGUCCAGCUUGAGAGUUAUCAGACUCUCGAUGCUUCCGUCCCUUAUGCUCAGCUAGUUCAGCCUAUUUCCUAUGCGCCGCCCGACUCUAGUUCGGGCAAGAGAAAGUUUGAUUCCCGCCGGGAUAACCGGAAAAGAAAGCAUGGGGCACCAGACCGCCGUGACAUUCCACCAGCUGCCCAUGGUCAGAACUCGAAAUGCUCCAAGUGUGGCCGCUAUCAUCAUGGAGAUUUACCACAGGCACCCCCACCACACCAGCAGAGGGCUGGGGGUCAGGCUCGUGUCUAUACCAUUGCUCACGACGAGGCAGCCAUCAACACAGGUACCAUGUCUGGCAUGAUUUUGUUAUCCAAUGUGCCUAUCUUUGCGUUAUGUGACACUGGAGCUACUCAUUCCUUUAUAUCAUCUCAAUGCUUGGAGGCCCUGUCUAUUGAUAAUGUGUGCAACUGUGAUCCUCUCGAGGUUAGCCUGGCCUCGAGAAAAAUUAUUAUCUCCGAUUCUAUGGUUCCUGGUCUCCAAGUUAGUAUUGGUGGGCAUGUUUUGGAGGCCGACUGCUAUGUUAUUGAAAUGCGGGACUUCGAUGUGAUCUUGGGCAUGGACUGGCUUACUCGCUAUCGAGCUGACAUUCGGUGCCAGGAGCGCGAAGUCAGUCUCAUCCCCAUUUCUGAUCAGCCUGUUAUUUUCUAUGGGGUGAAGUCGAGGACUGUGCCUCUAGUCAUCUCUUCUGUGCAAGCUAGGAAGAGCCUUUCCAAGGGUAGCUGUCAAGGCUAUCUCGUAUCUAUGGUAUCCGAGGAUGACUCUAAGAGGUCCCCGGAGAGAGUUUCUAUCGUUUGUGAGUACCUCGACGUUUUCCCCGAUGAACUGCCCGGAGGACCGCCCGACCGCCAAGUUAAGUUUACCAUUGAUCUAGUACCAGGAUCCGGCCCUGUUUCUAAGGCCCCUUAUCAUAUGGCGUCGAAGGAGCUUCAAGAGCUCAAGGCCCAGAUCCAGGAGUUGCUCAAGCUCGGUUUUAUUCGGCCGAGUGUUUCGCCGUGGGGAGCGCCCGUCCUAUUCGUGAAGAAGAAAGACGGAUCGAUGCGUAUGUGCAUUGAAUAUCGGGAGUUGAAUACUAAUACAA